AUGGAGAGUAAAAGAAAGAAACUGUUUCUUUUAUCUAAUUUGUAUUUUUUGUCAGGUCAUUCCAAUGGCAAUUUGGAAGAUGGUGAAGCUGCAGUCAACUGUGGAGCAUCAUUUAUUACCCACCUGUUCAAUGCCAUGUUGCCAUUCCAUCAUCGUGAUCCUGGGUUGGUUGGGUUGCUUACCAGUCGCCUUAUUUGUAAGCCUGUUCACUACGGGAUCAUCGCUGAUGGGAUACACACCCAUCCAGCUGCACUCAGGAUUGCCCAUCGCACACACCCAGAAGGUUUAGUACUAGUAACAGAUGCAAUGGCAGCAAUGGGCCUCGGUGAUGGGGAGCAUCAAAUUGGACAGCUGAAGGUCAAAGUGGAGAAACUGACAGCACGCCUUGUGGGAUCUAAUACUCUUGCUGGCUCCGUAGUUACUAUGGAUCAGUGUAUUAGACAUUUUGUAAAGAAUGUAGGGGCAACUCUAGUCGAAGGUAUUGAAGCAGCAUCCCUUCACCCAGCUAGGGUUAUGGGCAUCGAGCAUCUCAAGGGCACCCUGGACUUCGGCAGUGAUGCAGAUUUUCUCUUGGUGUCUGAUGAGGGACCUCUAAAGGUGUUACACACUUUCAUUGCUGGAGAGUGUGUCUACAGUGCACCAGAUGCCCCACAGCUUACAUCUACUUAUCACAAACAUUUCUCAGAGAAAUAAUGACUUUGUAAAUGGUCAAGUCGGACUGAAACAGUAUCGUAAGCGUCUCUCUCCUAUGUGUGUGGUUUAUUUGUGUAUUGUUCCAGUCAUGGUAUUGUGCCUUUUUGUUCUUUCUUAAUAGCUUGUUUCUCAGAGUUGAAAGAUGUAGAUGGAUAUUGCUUUUAUGGUAUAUCCAUUAUGGUUAGAGGUAAAGGUAAGGUAGUAUUUGUUUUAUGUAAUUAAACUAUAUAAUAAUGUAAUUAAACUAAUAUAAUAAUUUAAUUACAUUGUAAUAGUAAAUUGUUAAAAUAACCGGCAAGAAGAUUAUUAAUAUAUUAUUGCCAUACUGCCUAAAAGCAAAAUAUAAUUACUGUAUUGUGAUAGGUAUGUACAGUAUUUGCAAAUAGACCAAUUAGCUGCUGAAAUGCAUGGUGCUUAUUGUAGUAACAUAUUUAUAUAUGUAUAUAAAUAUAUACACCUACCAUCCGACUUACGACCGAGCUUGGUUCCGACCAACUGGUCGCAAAUCGUCAAAAUGGACGUAAGGCGAACCUUACUACUGAAUAUCAACAUCACAUUUUUGUAAUGACUUGAUUUUAUUGUUUUAUUCUGGUAAUUCAUUUUUUACAUUACUGUUUAUGCUGUUAGUACUGUGUUUUAUACUGUAAGGCUUAGGAUAAACACUGUGUACAUCACAAACAGUUGUUUACUUCCCAGAAAUUUGGCAUACAAAACACGGUCGUAAGUCGAGUGGUUGUAUGUUGAGCAGGUCGUAAGUCGGAUGGUAGGUGUACAUUCUACAGAAAGUUGCAAAGGUUAGUGGACAAGUUUGGGAGGGUGUGUAAAGGUAGAAAGUUGAAAGUGAACAUAGAUAAGAGUAAGGUGAUGAGGGUAUCAAAUGAUUUAGAUAAAGAAAAACUGUACAUCACAUUAGAGAGAGGGAGUAUGGAAGAAGUGAAUGUUUUCAGAUAUUUUGGAGUUGACUUGUCAGCAGAUAGGUUGAUGAAUUAAAAAAGGUGAGUGGUGAGUUGAGGUAUCUGUGGAGACAAAAACGUUAUCUAUGGAGGCAAAGAAUGGAAUGUAUGAAAGUAUAGUGGUACCAACACUGUUAUAUGGUGUGAAGCUUGGGUUGUAAAUGCUGCAGCAAGGAGGCGGCUAGAGGCAGUGGAGAUGUCUUCUAAGGGCAAUGUGUGGUGUAAAUAUUAUGUAGAGAAUUUGGAGUGUGGAAAUAGCAGGUGGUGUGGAGUUACUAAAAGUAUUAGUCAGAGGGCUGAAGAGGGGUUAUUGAGGUGGUUUGGUCAUUGAGAGAGAAUGAAACAAAGUAGAAUGACUUGGAGAUCAUAUAAAUCUGUAGGGGAAGGAAAGCAGGGCAGAGGUCAUUCUCAAAAAGGUUGGAAGGAAGGGGUAAGGGAGGUUUUGUGGGUGAGGGGCUUGGACUCCAGCAGGUGUGCAUGAGCGUGUUCAUUAGGAGUGAAUGGAGACGAAUGGUAUCUGAGACCUGACGAUCUGUUGCAGUGUGAGCAGGGUAAUAUUUAGUGAAGGGAUUCAGGGAAACCGGUUAUUUUCUUAUAGUCGGACUUGAGUCCUGGAAAUGGGAAGUACAAUGCCUGCACUUUAAAGGAGGGGUUUGGGAUAUUGGCAGUUUGGAGGGAUAUGUUGUGUAUCUUUAUACGUAUAUGCUUCUAAACUGUUGUAUUCUGAGCACCUCUGCAAAAGCAGUGAUAAUGUGUGAGUGUGGUAAAAGUGUUGAAUGAUGAUGAAAGUAUUUUCUUUUUGGGGAUUUUCUUUCUUUUUUGGGUCACCCUGCCUCGGUGGGAGACGACCAACUUGUUGAAAAAAAAAAAAAAAAAAUUCAGGGAAACCGGUUGUUUUUAUAUAGCCGGACUUUAGUCUUGGAAAUGGGAAGUACAAUGCCUGCACUCUAAAGGAGGGGUUCGGGAUAUUGGCAGUUUGGAGGGAUAUGUUGUGUAUCUUUAUACGUAUAUGCUUCUAAACUGUUGUAUACUGAGCACCUCUGCAGAAGCAGUGAUAAUGUGUGAGUGUGGUGAAAGUGUUGAAUGAUGAUGAAAGUAUUUUCUUUUUGGGGAUUUUCUUUCUUUUUUGGGUCACCCUGCCUCGGUGGGAGACGGCCGACUUGUUGAAAAAAAAAAAAAAAAAAAAGAAGGUACCAUCCGACUUACGACCAAGUUCGGUUCCGAGAAACCGGUCGUAAGUCGAAAUGGACGCAAGUUGAACCUUACUAAUGAAUAUGAACAUCACAUUUUUGUAAUGACUUUAUUUUAUUGUUUCAUUUUGGUAUUUAAUUUUUUACUUUACUUUUUAUGCUGUUAGUGCUGUAUUUUAUACUGUAAGGUUUAGGAUAAACACUGUAUACAACACAAACAGUUGGUUAUUUCCCAGAAAUUUGGCAUAGAAAACAAGGUCGUAAGUUGAAGGGUCGUAUGUCGAGCAGGUCGUAAGUCGGAUGGUAGGUGUAUAUGUAUACAUGUAAUUUUUUUUUUCAACACAUCGGUCGUCUCUCACCGAGGCAGGGUGACCCAAAAAGAAAGAAAAUCCCCAAAAGGAAAAAUACUUUAAUCAUCAUUCAACACUUUCACCUCACUCAUACAUAAUCACUGUCUUUGCAGAGGUGCUCAGAUACGACAGUUUAGAAGUCCCUCCAAACUACCAAUAUCCCAAACCUCUCCUUUAAAGUAUCAAGCUCAUUGAUUUAAAAAUAAUUUGAGUUAUUCUUACCAUAAUAACUUUAAUUCAUUAUAAAUGUUCAUAAAUACUGUUUUUAUGAAUCGGAAUAUUUAUCUAGAAAAAUAUAAUAAUAUACCAAAUAACAUAAGCAUUGCUUAUAGCUUUUAUAGAAAAAUUUAAUAUAAAAUAGAAAGACUGUAUCUCUACAAUUUUUUAAAAUUUUGAGAUAGUGCUAAUAUAUUGGUGUGAUCUUGUUCUUGAAUGUGUCUUCACUUUGCGUCGAUGCUACUGUUACGAACUGUAUAGUAUUAACUUCAUUGAUAAUUACUCUUAGUAUUUUUUGUAAGAUCUGUGAUUAAUAUAUGUAUAGGGUAGGUAGUCUAAUAGUAAUUUACUUUGAAAUUUCAACUUAAAUUUAUUGUAAAGCUGGCUCUGUUUUAUAAUAGAACAGGAUUCUAAUGUGAUUACUGAUUUGUAGCUACAGGAAGAGAACAACAGCUAGCUGCGAAGCACCUACAGUAAGAGAGCUUGGCUCGUGGUGUCCCAUCUUUGUGUGAUUUAUCAUAAAUGUUUUGUAGUAUCUAGUGGUUGUUGCAGUUAUUUCAUCCUCUUAUAUUAUUCCUUUGUCCUACCACUCUGUGAAGGAAAUGUUUCUAGUAUCUUAACAACAAAUCUUUAAUUUAUAGUUAUGGCCUCUUGCUCUGCUUGUUUAUGGGGUUAGAUAAUUUUUAUUCUGUUCUUUCUUAUUGUUUUAUAAUUGUAAAUGUGGUUAUCAUACCUCCUUUUUUUUCUCAGUUAAUGAUUAUAUAUCUAAUGCUUUCAACCUUUCUUCUUAAUAUUUUAGCUCUGGGAGCCAUUUUAUAGCUUUGGACUUUUUCUAUUUUCUUAACAAUCAUAAAGCACUAAACCCACUAGGAUCAUACAGUACUGCUGGACUUUUCUAGCUUCUGAUAAUGCAUUUUCUGCUCUACAUCUGCAAUGUACAGCACUGUAGUGCUAAUAGCUUAACACCAGUUUGCUACAUCAAUUGUGACCCUACCCGGUCUUUUCUGUAGAUGUUUUCUUCUCGUUACCUGCACCUCUCUGUCUUACACCUUUCUCACUCUUGUCAUGUAGCAUGCAAUGACUUGCACGUUUAGUGCUUUUCAAGAUAAUUACAUUAUGUCCGUUACAAUUCAGGACUCUUGCUUGGUGUAUUCGCAUGCCUUCACAUGUUUCAGAAUGCAGCAGAGACUGGGUGAUAAUGGAGAGGAAUAAGUUGUGUACAAGUUUAGAGUACUCUAGUUUAAUUAGUGGUAAUUGAAUUUUGACAUGAAGUACUGUAUUAGCAGGUAUUGUAAGUUUUAUUUGCAGAAUAUAGUUCAUAUGUAGCAUUCUUACCAGUAAUAUGACGUAAAGAACAGUUGAAUUUUUACAGUAUGUAAAAUUGUUAUUCUUCAUAUAUUAAGGAUACUGUAUGACCAAAUUUGUGCUAGAAGAUUGUACAGUACAGUACAUUCAUUAUUUUUUAUUUGUAUCAAUAUACUGUACAGUUUGCCUACAGCAUAAAUCAUAUUUGACACUGAAAUGAAUCUCGUAUAAAACUUAUUGAAAAUAUGAAUUCUUCAGACCUGUUGUAAAAAUGAGAGAUUGCAGAUAGUUAUACAGUGGACCCCCGCUUAACGAUCACCUCCCAAUGUGACCAAUUAUGUAAGUGUAUUUAUGUAAGUGCGUUUGUACGUGUAUGUUUGGGGGUCUGAAAUGGACUAAUCUACUUCACAAUAUUCCUUAUGGGAACAAAUUCGGUCAGUACUGGCACCUGAACAUACUUCUGGAAUGAAAAAAUAUCGUUAACCGGGGGUCCACUGUAUAGAUCUUUCAGUUUUAUAGUGCCAAAAUCAAGAUAUCUUAAACUAAACACUGAAAAGUUGGAUUUGUUUGUUGUGAAAUAAAUAAAGAAAUAUUGUACUGUAUAA